UUUCUCAGGAUACUUCAACCAGACAAAACUGAUGUUCAAUGUGUAGAGCACAAACAAGAAUGAUGAGACUGGGUUGGAUUGUUCUCCUGGUGUCUGAUCUGAGUAGAGGAGUAGAGGUGUAUCCACAUGAGAACGUGGAAAAGUUCUAUCAGUACGGAUAUCAAGUAGAGGAUACACACACUGGAGAUUAUCAUGGUCAUAGAGAACAUACAGAGGGUCAGCUUACCCAAGGAGAAUAUAAGGUUAAACUACCAGAUGGUAGAGUUCAAGUAGUUUCAUAUGAAGCUGAUGAGUUGGGGUUUAGACCAAGAAUAUCAUAUGAACCUGCUCAUCCAGAUUUUGUUGAAACCGUAUACCAUGAAGCUCCUUAUGAGCCCACACAUCAUCAUAAACCCAUCAGUAAAGUAGCUGUGUUACAACCUGGAGAAGUUGUACGUUCUAUCGAUCAUCCUGAACACCUUAAACACCCAGAGCACGCUACGUAUUCUGAACAUGCAGGACACACAGAGCAUCUAAUUCAUUCUGAAUAUCCUGAAUAUCCUCAAAAAAAGCUGAUAAAGAUUGUCCGAACCAUUCCAACCAUAAACUAUACUCCUCCUCCUCUCCUCCCAACACCAAUCCCUUCAAAAACCAAUAUUCAUUAUGAUCCCAGAAAACCAGUUCCUCAAAGUCCUGGUAAUCCUUCAGAUCCUAUUCCUCCUAACCAACAUUACAUUCCUCCUCCUCCCACUCCUACCCAUCAUCAACCUCAUCCUGCUCCUGAUUACAUUCCUCCUCAUACUGCUCCUGAUUACACUGCUCCACAUACUGCUCCUGAUUACACUCCUCCUCAUCCUGCUCCUGAUUACACUCCUCCUCACCCAGCUCCUGAUUACACUCCUCCCUCUCCCCCUCCUCCUCCCCCUGUUGUUCAUGAAAAUGUUUAUAAUCCCAUUUCGUCUCCUGACUAUCAUCCCCAUUUUGAACCUGUCCAGUUUAAAAAUAUAAACGGAGCUUCUAACUAUCCUCAUGAACCUGUGAGUAUUCAUUACUAUACAGCUCCGUCCCACCCUGAGCACCCCGGAUACCAUCCUAGUGUGGUUUACCAGAAUACACCUGUACCAGCAAUAAGGUUUUCAGAUAAUUCCCAUCCACAUUCUCCGAUCCAUCAUGUUCCUUAUUCUGAAAAUACGCCUAAGAAAGUUUUUAAACGAACCUCCCCUCAAUCAGCUCAGAAUCCAACACGAGAGGAAUCUGGACCCGUUAAUUAUUCUACUCCUGCUCCUGCUCCUGCUCAUUUCUCACCUACUCCUCUUCCUAGGAGAAAUUCAAACCCUGGUCCUUCUUCUCCUACUCCAGCUCCAGUUCUUUAUUCUACUGCUUCACCUAGAAGCUAUUCCCCAUCUCCUGCUCUAUACCCCACCCCUGCUCCAAUCCAAUAUUCUACUCCUGCUCCUUCUCAUUCACCUUCUCCAACUAUAAUUUACUAUUCCACAUCAUCUCCUGGUCAAACUCCUACUCCUGUUGCCAGAAGGUUCUCCUCACCCACGCCUCUUCACUAUUCUUCUCCUUCUCCUGUUCACUACUCCACUCCUUCUCCUGUUCAUUAUUCCACUCCAGCCCCUAUUCAGUACUCCUCAACCCCUUCCACAGUAAUUCAGUACACCACUCCUAAUUCUGUUCAUCAUUUCUCAACUCCAACUCCAGUUCAUUCUGACAGAAGAAUUUAUUCUCCAUCUCCCUCUUAUUAUUCAACCCUUUCUCCAAACUAUCCUAGAUCACCAGCAGGAGAAGAUAACUAUCCUUCACCGAACCCAGUUCUCUAUCACAAAGCUGAUCCGAUCCGAAGAUCAGAAAGCAGAGACUCUGAGCAAGGAUAUGCUCAACCUUUGAACCAGCAUUAUGUCCAGGUUGAGAGUAAACCCGAACCUAUGUAUUCCAAUGGACAGACCGUAUAUUACAGUGUAGCUCCGAAUGCUUAUUCACAUACAUCACCUAGCCCUAUAUCCAGGAUGGAUCAGAGUUCUCCAGCAGAUAAUUCUGAUGAAUUGUAUCCAUAUUUAUAUCUUCUUAGUAGCUACUAUCCUCAAGAUCAUCCCCAGCUAGUCAUGACUAAACGAAUUUAAGUGUCAUAUUUCUCAUUUCUCAUUCAGGACUAAAUUAAUAAGAUAAUCCUGGUUUAGGAUUACAAAGAUCUAGGGUCACAAAUCAAGAUUUACCAUUUUGGAAUGGAGAAUUUUACUAAUUAGAUUCAUUCUUCAUUAGGAUUAAAAUAAUAUCAACCCUAAUCAAGAGUUACUUAGAAUCAAUCUUUAUUCCAGAUCUUAUAUUAAUUCUCUAAACCCAGGCGUGAUAUUUAAUGUGCAAUAUGUAUUAUAUGAAAU